AUGAAUGACAAAAAUGAAAAUUGUAAAAAAAAAGGUAGCAAAAAAAAGGAUGGAGAUAAUAUAAGUUUAGAAAAAAAAGAAAAAAAACGAAGAAACAAACGUAAAAAUACUAAACAUGUAACUACUAUAUAUAAUAAAGACAAAUUUAGUAUCAAUGAAAUAAAAUCUAGAUAUUCUUCAUUGAUUGAGAAAAAGGAAUAUUCAAAAGUAAUUUACGAAAUAACAAAUGUGUUAAUUAAAAAUAAAAAAAUAAAUAAAUCCAUUGGAACAACAAAAAAAGAAAAUAAAACAUUUAAAUAUUUGUUUCAAGAACAUUAUGAAGAAAUGAAAAAUGAUAAUGUUUUAUUAGAAUUUUUUUAUUGUUUAUAUAAAUUAAAAUUGUAUAAAAAAUUAAAUGCUUGUUUAAAGUAUUACUUAGAAAAUGAAGACCAAUAUAAUAAUUUUGUAAAUAUACUAUUAGCAGAUGUUAGUUAUAAAUUAAAAAAUUUUGAAACUAGCAUUAAUUUAUAUGAACUCUUGAUAAAAAAUGAAGGGGAAAAUCAAGUGGAUUCUGCAAGUAUUAAUAUGGACAGUAGUUAUAUUUCCUUUUACUUACAACUAAUGUAUGAAUAUAACUUUUUAAAAAUUAAAAAAGAAAAAAAGAAAAAAAGAAAUAAUAAAAUAAGUUCGUCUACAACUACAGAAAAUCAAAUCUCUAAUAAAGAAGAAAAUGUUCAACAAAAUUCUCAAGUUGAUAUUCAAAAUAUAAAAGAAAAAAUUAUCGAAUUUACUAACAAUUUUAACUCUGAAGAAGUAGAAGAUUUUGAACAAUUAUAUAAUUAUUCUAUUUUUUUUGCAAUUGAAAAAUCCUAUGAAAAUUCUUUAAAAUUUUUGAACUUAUUAGAAGACUUAUGUAAAAAUACCUUAAUAAUGGAUGAAGUAAAUAAUGAUGGAAAUAAUUCUGAAAUAAACAAACUAAUUUUAGAAAAAAAUAAAACAAAUAAAAAAGAGUCAUCUCUUUAUAAUAUAGAGAUGAUAAAAAAAAAUAAGAUAUUUAUUCAACUUGGUAAAGCAUAUAUAUAUUCAAAAAUGAAUAAAAUAAAAGAAUCUGUAGAUAUUUAUGAAACCAUUUUAAACAAUUACGAAUUAUAUAUUAAUAAUUUACCAGUCUUAUUGACAUCUUAUAAUAAUUACAUAGCACUAAUAAAUAACUAUAAUGAAAAUUUACUUAUAAAUAAAUUACCUAAACUAGUAUCGGGUAAAGAAAUCGAAUUUAAUAUAAAAUCAGACAAAUUAUUACUUAUUAAAAAUAUAAUAUUUAUGCAUAAAGAUAUCAAUAAAGAAAUUAGUAGAUAUCAACUUAGUGUUUUAUAUUAUAAUGAAUGUCUUGAUUUAUUUCACUAUAAUCAUAAAAUUGAUGAACUUGGAUUAAAAUUACAAAAUUUUUCUACAAAAUUUAAUAACUCUGUAUUAUUAGAUAAAUUAAAUAUAUUGGCAUAUCUUAAAGAUAACAAUUAUUUAAAAUGUAAACAUUAUAUACGAAAAAAUAUAGAUUUGGUUCAAUCACCUGAAAUUAAAAUCAAAUAUAUUAAUGCAUAUGCAUAUAUGUCUUUUGAAAAAAAGGCAUACAACGAUGUUAUUGAUAUUUAUUUAAAAUAUGAACAUAUUUUUCAGAAACUUGUACAUCAUUAUAAGCAUUUUUUUUCAAAUUUAUUCUACAUCUAUAUAUGUGUAAAAUUACCAGAAAAAAAAAAUCGUGAAAUUAACAAAAACAAUGAAAAUAAUGAUUCUUGUGAAUAUAGCAUGAAAAAUCUUGAACGCGUAAUUAACCUUUUCAAAAAAUAUAAAGAAGCAAUAAAAGAUGAUAUUAAUAUAGUAAAUCAUGAAACACUGUUUCUAGUUAGCAAAUAUCUUAUAUGUCAUGAACAAACUGAAAUGUUGCAUGAUUUAUUUGAAUAUCUUUCAACAGAAAUAAAAAAUGAUUUUAAUUUCUAUUCAAUAUAUACAUACUUAUAUACAUAUAUAAAUAUAGAAAAUGUAUAUAAAUAUGAAAGUAGACUAAAAAAAGCGAUACUUAGCGAAACAUAUAUGAUCGAUGUUGAAGAGCUUGAAAAUAAAUCCAUCAACUUUGAUACUAAUUUGUUUAAUCAAUCUUUAGAUAAUAUCCAUAAAAAACGUAAGAGAUCAAAAAAAAAUAAAAAUAAUAAAAUAGCAGAUUCAGGAGCUAACACCCACAAUAAUUCCUCUAUUGAUAAAUGGCUACCAAAAUAUGAAAAACCGGGAUUUAAAAACAAAAAAAAAAAAAUAAAAUCUAAUGAGCCUGAUAAGGAACCUGCACCUACUGAAGAAACCAAACCUCAACCUAUCAAUCCUACUCAAGCAAAAUUGCAAAACUUAAAACAAAGAAAGAAAAGAUAA